CCGCGACAAGUCAGCUACCUGGGUGAUUUGCACAUUUCUCCCGCAAUCUUCUCGCCGCUCACUCAUUUCCGCCCACUCGCCUCUGGCCACUCGCCACUCGCCACUCGCACAUUGGGGAUAUUUGCCGUGCGCCGAGCGGCGUGGACCAGGCGAGCCCGUGUCGCUUCUCCGCUCGCCAGGCCAGUGCAGUGCAUGAUCGCCAUGCCUGCCAGCGGUACCACCAAGAGCACCACCGCCUCACAGCCCUCUGCCGAGAUUCCUCCCACCAACCACACAUGUGAGCUGCGAGUGGCGUGUGGGUCGCCAGAGGAGGCUCUCAUUCUGCGCAACACGCUAGCAGUGGACCGUGAGCUUCAACCAGACAAGCUCGUGCGAGUGAUCAUGGCUGACGGCAGUACGCUCAACAUCUCCUUCUUGUGCCCUGAUGCUCGCCUCCUGCGAGCGGCCUUCAAUGCCUUCAUGGACUCGCUGAUCCUUGCUGCUCGCACCAUUGAAGCGUUUGGCCCGCCUCUUCCCAUGCAACAAGAUUGCAAGUGAAAACUGCAACAAACAAGUCUGCCCGGGAUAAACGCAACAGAUUGCAUGUGAUAACUUCAAACAACCAUGGCUUCAUUGCCAUGGACUUAUUUUCGCUAUUCUUACAUGGAGGGCGAGAUCCAGGCCCCCAAAUUGCUGACUUUUUACUAUGAUUCAGACAUUUUUCAGAGUUUUUUUGGGGGUGUACUCUGUGUUGGGCUGAGAAAAGCCCUUAGGAUCUUUCCAGAGACUAAGUCCCAGUUGAAGAAUGAGACUUGAGUAGUGCAGCGGAAAGCCUGCGACAGAGUCGAGGGCUCGCGCGGAGAUGGCGGCGGCGGGUGCUGGACGGAGACCCAUAGGCCGAGGAUCUGCAGUCCCGUGGGUGUGUGUCGAGGGGAAUUUUCAUUCCCGGAAUAAGCUGCUUCGUCACCA